AUGAAAGUUUGUCUGGAUGGAGUGGUCAAGGAGACAAAGCUUGUCCAACAUGUAAUGAAGACACUUCUUCAAUACGAGAGAUUGGACGAAUUGACCCAUGAAAUGGAGAAAGAGAUGGCCAAAAGUAGACUUCAAAGGCAAUAUGGCAAUGAUCCUGGAUCCUCAGAGUUACUGUCUGACAUCCAGUACAAGGUUAUGGGCAAGGGAAGUUCCUCCCAAUCUCCUCUUAUUCCAAACAUGUUUGGAUGCUUCUCCCAGUCUCCUCAAUUUUACUACUCUGAUUUGUUUGGAGGAUCACAAUCACAACAACUGAUGUUUGGUCAAUUUGGGAGUUCAUCUCAACAGCCGAUAAUGUUUGAGGGUUCAAUUCAGCGACCUUCUUCAGAUCAAUUUUUUAGUACACAAAAUUCAUAUAUUUUUCCUGGUCAGUUUCAGCAACAAUCUCUGAAUUUUUCGCAACAGCAACAAUCUCUAAAUUUUUCGCAACAACAACAAUCUCCAAAUUUACCACAACAACCACAGACUCGACAAUUUGUUGAGAUUUUAUCUUUGCAGCAGCCAUAUUACCCUUCAUCGCUAAUAUCACAAGCUCAGGAUAAUGCACAAACAACCCAUUUAAACUUAAACCCUGACGGUUCACAAUUUUUAGAUAAUGUGCUUGAUGAAGACAAUAAUAAUUAG